AUGUCAAUUACGUCACCUCUACCACGAUUGAUGAAUGAUACUUCUCAACCCAACCUGGACGAACCUCAAAUUUCCUAUUUGAAAGAUGAUUCAUCUGCGAAUGAAAGCGUUCAUAGAAACCGAGGGCCAAAAUCCGAUAUAGAAAACAAUCAUGAACAUACCAAUGGGAGUGCAAGUGGGAAUAGAAAUAGAAAUGAAAACGGGAAUGGGAAUGGGAAUGGGAAUUUAUAUACCAAUGGCAACGCAAGCCACAGAGGCUUUACGGUAUUAGAUGCCUCCGAUGCGGGAGGUGAUCAUGGAAUAAAUGGAGUUGAUCAACAGCCAGACACUGAGGAUACUGCCGUUGCCAAAGUCAGUAUUCGUGAUCGCAUUGGUUGUGUUACAUGGACAUGGUUCACUCUAACAAUGGCCACUGGAGGAAUUGCAAAUGUCCUUUAUUCAAUCCCAUAUCGAUCGAAUUGGCUGAGAAUCGUUGGAGAAAUAGUCUUCUUCCUUAAUCUUAUAUUCUUUGUAAUGAAUUGUAUAUUAAUCUCUCUUCGCUUCAAAUGGAACCCUGGAAGUUUCUCUAAAUCUUUCCUUAGUCCAUCCGAAUCUUUGUAUAUUCCUGCUUGUAGUGGGAACAAUUCUCGGACCAUGUGUCAGUAUGGAAUCCCCAAGACGGGCCUAUGGUUCCAAACUACCAUGCAGGUAUGCUUUUGGGCGUAUUGCACUUUGAGCGUAGUUGCAUCAUCCGGCAUGUAUCUAUUGCUUUGGUCCACUCAAGAAUUUCCCAUUGCUAAUAUGACUCCUCUCUGGACCUUCCCUGCCUACCCGUUACUACUGACUGGCCCAGUUGCAGCGAAUCUUAUCUCUACUUUACCAAAUUCAACUGCGGCUGCACGCAUCAAUUCCACUGCUAUAGCUUUCGGGGCAGUUUGCUUCCAAGGAAUUGGAUUUCUCCUCAGUCUCAUGAUCUACAGUGCUUUCCUCUAUCGAUUGAUGACCAAGAAACUCCCCCAAGAGACAACACGACCUGGAAUGUUCGUAUCAGUUGGCCCUUCCGGUUUCACAGUGACAGCAAUCGUUUCUCUCUCUAAUUCGGUGCAGACGACCAUCCUACCCAAUGGUAUUUUUGGUAACACCGAGGGCCCUUUCGUUUUAUACUUGAUGGGGAGUUUUACAGGACUCUUCAUUUGGGGUUUAUGCCUUUGGUUCUGUUUGAUAUCUGUAGGCGCUCAUUGGCAAGUUAUGCAACCUAAUCACCCGGAGCAUCACAUUACACUAGCCACGGCUACGAUACAAAUUGGGACGGCAUUUGGGUCUAAUGCUAUUCGGAUUGUUGGCACCGUGAUUAGUGUCUUUCUGGUUGUCGUUUGGUUAGGCGUGCUGUUCAUGAUAGUUAGGGCAAUCCUCCUGAAACGACUGCUCAUGCCAGGACAGCUCAAUGGGGCUGCUCAUCAAAGAAAGAAAUGGGCGAGAAAGUAUGGCAAUGGUAUAUGGAAGGACUGA